AUGCCGUGGGCUGUAACAAACUCAUUCAAGCGAGGCCUCAUGAAAACAUACGGAAGAUCUAUAUGGCGCGUCUACGAUGACGAUGACCAGGGCCCUGCCGCCAAGAAACCACGCGUCGAGUCCGGCAACGAGUCUGACGAUGCGGAAAACAGCCUUCAAUAUGCCAUUCGCGAGUCCUCCGCAGCCAUUCUUUCCAGUCCGUCACGUCGAAAUUCACUAGUCCUCUCCGAGGGCACGCAUGACGAUGAUCUCUCCACGCCCCCCUCAUCGCCACCUCCCAGAAUAACCCCGCCACCCGCGAACACGCGAAAACCGACCUUUGCCUUCCUGAAACGCAAGCAUGCGGCGGCGGCAAAGGACGCGAGCAAUGGCUCGCCGCUCACCGAAGUCAAUUCCAAUAGCGUGCGGGCGUCGGCUGAUCCGCCGAAGAAGAAGUCGGCGGCCGCGGCGCAGCAGCAGCAACAACAACCACCCGUGCUGAAACAGAUGCAGAUCGAUUUAGGUCAUGAAGUGAGAAAGACCUGCGCCGCCUGCGGAAUGGAGUAUAUCCCGUCGAACGCGGAGGAUGCGGCGCUGCAUAAGAAAUUCCACGACAUGAACUCGACCGGGGUGGACCUGGGGAAGGCGUUCAUGAGGGCAAACGCAUGUCGCUGGGUCUACGAAGCUACUCGGUUUGAUGAAGGAUACGUGGUGAUUGUCGAUCGCAAGGCGUCGCCGACCGUCAAGAACCAGGCAAAGAAGGUGCUGGAAGUGAUCAGCAAGGAGCUGUCUUCACCAGAGAUAUCCGACGAUGUGCUAUGGAGCCAGACGGAGCCACCGGAACACCUCCGGAAGGAUGGCGUGGACGAAAAAGUAGAUCGCUAUAAAGUGUUUCUGCAUAUGAAGGAUAGCCGGUGUGUGGGGGCCUGUCUGACGGAGCGCAUCUGGGAGUCAAAGCCGGUGGACAGCUCGGUGGCGACAACCAAGGACGGGACAGAGCCGCCGAACGAUUCGGCGGUGACCGUCCGGGAUGAGGUGCACCCAGCCAUCGUGGGUAUCUCUCGCAUCUGGACAUCGGGAUCCUCUCGACGCAAGGGAAUUGCGAUGGAUCUCCUGGACUGCGUCGUGAGCAAUUUCAUCUACGGCAUGGAAAUCCCCAAGGAGCAGGUUGCCUUCAGUCAGCCUACAGAGAGUGGGAAACGCUUAGCGCUGGCCUUUUUUGGGCCGGGGCAGCAGUGGCAUGUCUACAACGAAAUCUGA